AUUUGGGUUUUUCUCUGGGUGUCUUCCCGCUGCCGGUGCCUCACCGGGCUCGGUGCGUGGCGGAAAUGUUUGCCCCGGUUCCCCCCCCCGCUGCUCAUGAGGAGACACGGGAUAAAGAUCUCCGGUGACUCCUCGUGCAGCGUGGAGGAAUUGGCUCGGGCAGUCGGGAAGAAAGUCGGGUUCAGCAGCGUGAAGUCCGCCGGCAAGAUGAACGGCUCGGUCGUGAUCUUCCUGGAUCAGGUGGGGAAGGUGAGCCGAGUGGUAGAGGAGGGUCUCUCGGUGGGAGAUUUGUUUGUGCAGGUGUUUCCGCGGGAUCAGCCGUCCACCAGAGUCAUCGUUUCAAACGUCCCUCUGCUCAUCUCCGAUGAGUUUCUCAGCAGAGAGCUCUCCCGGCACGGAAAACUGGUCUCCCCGAUGAGAUAGAGCGAGAUGAAGCACAUCAUUUAUAUGAUACUCAAUGACCGGAGCGCGGAGUUAAACCUGCGCUUCAGCGUCAGAGUAGAUGAUUUCAACUAUAACGUCUACGCGUCUUCAUCGGAGAUGAAGUGCUUUCAUUGCGGAGAGGAGGGGCACACCGCGAGGGUCUGCUCGAAGCGCGGCGACCCUGCACCAGCUGGUCCGGGCGGCUCGGGUCCGUCCGGAGCACCGCGUCGCGCUACACCAGCGUGGGGCGCCGCAGCGGGGAUUGCGACCGCGGCGUCUCUGAGAGGAGACGCUGCCGGAGCGCCGGCUGGCGCUGCGGCUGCGGAGCCGCCGAUUCCAGCAGAGAGCGCGGCGAGCGGCGUCACUGCUGCUGUAUCUGACACACAUGUGGGUCCUCGCCUCCAGGCUGAGGGGAGCUAUGGAGCAGGUCCUCCAUCGGGACCAGACCUACUGUGUGCCCGGCAGGUCCAUGGUGGACAACGUCCACCUCAUUCGGGACGUUUUGGAGGUCUCCAGCUCGUUGGGGAUGGACACUGGUCUGAUUUCUCUAGAUCAGGAAAAGGCUUUUGACCGCGUUGAACACGGCUUCCUCUGGAAAGUUCUGGGGAAGUUUGGGUUCAGCGCUGGCUUCAUAGCUAAGAUCAAGGUGUUGUACAGUAAUGUUGAGAGUGUGCUGAAGAUAAACGGCAGGCUGUGUGCUCCUUUUAGAGUGAGUAGAGGGGUCCGGCAGGGCUGUGCUCUGUCCGGGAUGCUCUACGCACUCUCCCUCGAGCCCCUCCUCAUUAAAAUACGCUCUAGCCUACA